AUGAAUAAAUGUGUAAUAUACACAUACAUAAUAAUAUUAAUACUAAUUGGUUAUUCUAGAUGUUCAGAUAAACCUAUAGAUCAAUAUCUUGAUGGACAACUAGAUGAAGAUGAUAAUUUUGACGUAACAGUAAAAGAACUGGAAAAUUUACUCGAUGAAGAAGAUAAUUAUGAUUUAAUAGAAGCUAAUAUAGAAUCAAUAAUUGAAGAUGAUGAUAUAUCACCAGGUGCUGUUGAUAUUGAAACAGGAUUUCAGCAUCCUCCUCAUCAGACACUUCCACCAUAUCCAGGACCUACUCAUCCAGAACCACCCCCUCAAGGUACAGGUUAUUAUCAACCUCAACAACCACCUAUACAAGCAACACCACCAGGUCAACGACCUCCUACACUAGUUCAACCUGUACAACAUCCACAACAACAAUAUCCAGGAUAUCAUCCACAACCUACUCUUAUACAACCACAACAACAAGCAUUACAUAUACCAAUUGCACAACCACAAAUUCAUUUAACAGCUCAACCAUUACCUAUUCGACCUGGUUAUUUAGUAGAACAACAAUCACAAAUACCUGUGAGUAUACCAAUUCGACAUCCACAAAUUCAACCAUUACCUAUAAUAAUUCCUCCGCCACAGUUACGAAUACAACCAACUCCAAUUCAUCCACCACAGUUACCAAUACAACAACAAAUACCUAUACCUCAAACAAUACAAGUUCCACCAGUUAUAACAAUAGAACAAUAUGGACCAUAUCGACCACAAUCUACUCCUGUACAACCUCAACCUACUCAACUCAUUGUACCAACUCCGCCAUUUCAACCAGGAUAUCCACAUAUACUACAACCACCUCGACCUCACUAUCAACAAUAUGUACGAAUACCAAUAAGAAAUUCUGGUUAUGAACAACAUAUUGUUCAGCCAGUUAGCCAACCGAGGUUUCCAUUUUCUGUAACUAGAGAAUCGUUUAGACCGGGUUAUCCUGGACCUAGAGAUUUUGCUAGAUAUCCAAUACCUCCUGGUCAACAACCCGUAAGAUAUGUACCACCUCAGCAAAUUAUUGAAGAUGAACAAAAAUCGAAAGAUAUUAAACAAAAAUCUGUUAAUCCUAAACCUGUAAUUCCAGAAUUGCCUUCAACAUAUUUUUACGGUUUAGACGCUUCAAAUAAUUUCUUUAUAAUGAAUAAAAACCAUUUUAAAUUUAUAUUUGAUAAUGGAAAUAAAAUAAAAGUUAAAUUUCUUGUCGAAGUAAUAGAAAUAAUUUUUAGAGGAAGAUGUUUGUGGAAGCAAAAACCAGGUGAAGAAAAGGCAAUUUCAUUUAUAUUUAAUAGAAAAAGUAAUAUUCUGUAUAUUUAUACCAAAAAAGAGCUUAUCUCUUUUCUAAUUUCGGGAAGAAAUUGGACCCAAAAGAAAUUUGAUAUUCCACAAAACGUAACACUUUUUAAAAUGGAUGAAACAGGUAAAGAAGUUGAACUAUCAGAUGAAGAGUAUAAUAUCCAAAUUACAAGAAGUAAAUUGUUUAGAUUUUCAAUAAAUAUUGGAGUAAAAUGCAUAAAGGUAAUGCGUUCGGGUUUGAUUGUCUGGGAAAACAAUUCCGAUAAUAUUUGCUUAUUAAACGUGACAAUAAUAGCAUAUAGAAGAACUUUGUUAUUCUUUAAAAAAUGUGUUCAUUUAUAUGUAUUGGAUGGUGGCAAAUGGAACUUAAAAAAAGUUAGAAAUACAUAA